AACAACAAUUUGCCAUCACUGUGGACUGCCGAGGUUCAGCAGAAGCCACGCUAGCUGUCUACAAUGAAUGAAAUAGAUGUUGCAGCCUUUGAUGAGACUAUUGACGACUGGUUUAUCGAGUCUCUGAAAACCUACAAAGACCUUCAUGUGUAUCAACUUGAACAUCCAACUAGAGUUAUUGAAUGGACUGCAGGAAAAACUAUAUGUGUCGCUGGAUACAGUUCAACCAAGAAUGAAAUUUUGGAGCUUCUUCUUCCUCUUAAACUAUUUGCAGAUGAUAAUCAAGGUCUUUGUGCAGAGCGAGAUUUUAAAGUGGUCCAUGGAGGUUUCACAAAUGGACCGGUUCAUUGCCUUAAACACAUUAAAGGAACAAGGUGUGUGGUAACCAAUGAUGGGCUGAGCAACAAACUGCAAGUGUGGGACGUAGGGGGCAAUGACUCUGAUGUCAUAAAGAGCUCUGGAUGCAUCCAGCCCACACGCGUGUCACAGAGCGGCAGCAAGAUCGCCCCCGGGUUAACCGGAGACCUCCAUGUUCUUCAUGGAUCUCAGAUCUGCGACCUCCAGCUGACCGAUCUGACGUCUGGAAGCUCUCUCUACUCUGUGGGAAAAGACAUCCCCGAUGUAUUAAGCUCCCUGCAGUUUGUGACUGGCAGCGUAUUUCUGGCUUGUACCUGUGGGGGGGACCUAUUUGUGGGGGACACAAGGACAUCUACAGUCCCUACGCCUACGCCAGCAGAGGGGAGAGAGUCGGAGCUCUGGUGCAUGGCUGCCUCCUCAGGCCUGUCCUCGCCAGAGCAGGGCCGCCAUAGGGUAGCACGGCUGUCCUCGUCCGGCCUGGUCGUGCUGUCCGACCUACGAGACCUUAGAAGCUGUGUAGGUCAGGCUCAACUCGAUAUCCAGAGGAACAUUCCCAGUCAUGAUUUUAUGAAUGUGUCAUGGGCACCUGCUUUGGACAACUGUCUUUCUGUUUCAGGUUUUAACGGACUGGUGGAGAUCUACGACACCUCCACUUGGAUACCCGAGUGCAGGGAAUCCAAGCCUCUUUUUGUGCACCAGGGUCAUGUGAUGUCAAGUGUGUCUCAUCCUAGCAUCAUCCCUCCUCUGGUCACCUCUCACAUAUGGCAUCCCAGCCGGCCUCAGACCGUCCUCUCAGCUGCUGCCGAUGGCUCCAUGCAUGUGUGGGACUGGGUCAACAGUACAGUCGCCCCCUGAUCUUGACAUUUGGACGUUUUUUUGACAACUCUGAUCAUUUUGUGAAAUCGAAAAAUGUUCUUCUGUUGAGACAUCUCAAUUCUAGCAGUUUGUGUUUGAGACAUUUCAUUUUAUAAAUGAAACAAAAGAAAACAACCGUUAAAACUUUGAUGAUCAUACUGCAGUACACAAAAUAUUUUUAUAUUGCAUUGACAUUUUUACUUUUACUAGUCUCAUAGACGGAGGUCUGGGUUUUGGAGUGACAUUUUGACAAAAAACAUUUAUUACAAUUCCGUAACAUACUGCACACCAUGUAACCUUAAUGCCACAUAAUAGUUUUGUAAAACAAAUAUGAAAAUGACA